AUGCACGGUAUCAAACGAACCCGACUGACCCCUCAAGCGGCAGAGGCUAAGAGGUUGAAAGAGCAGAGUAAGAUUGAAGCGUACCUAGCUUUGGAGCAGGAUGUCCUAGGAAGGAAACGUAGGAAAGAAUAUGAUAUCGAAUCGUUGGAUCAAACGACGAGGUUGUUGGACUUGAAUCCUGAAUUUUAUACGAUAUGGAAUUACAGGCGGAAUAUAUUGCUGGGUCUAUUCCCUUCACUAUCACCCGAAGAAGUAGUUUGCCAUCUCACUACCGACCUCCGCCUGACCACCUCGUACCUCUUAGUCCACCCAAAAGUAUACUGGAUAUGGAAUCACAGAAAAUGGUGUUUGGAGUCUGUCCCAUCUGGACCAGGGGAUACAGUCAAGUUGAAAGAGGGAUUUUGGAAAGGUGAAUUGAAAUUGGUCGAAAAGAUGUUGGAUGCCGAUUCGAGGAAUUUCCAUGCAUGGGAUUAUCGUCGAUACGUCCUUUCCUCGCUUCCCACCCAAAGACCCUUAUCAGACGAACUGAAAUAUACUCAAACGAAGAUCGAAUCCAAUUUCUCCAACUUCUCAGCUUGGCACUGUAGGACCAAAACCCUAUCCGCUAUUUGGGAAAAAGAGGGGACUAGUCAGCAGGAAAUAAACAAGAUUAAAGAUGAGGAAUUCGAACUGGUUACUCAGGCUCUAUGGACUGAUCCUAACGAUCAGAGCGGUUGGUUAUACCAUAGAUGGUUAAUUGGAUCAGAACCUCCACUUGAGAUUUUGCAGCGAGAGAUGAAGAACAUCAAAGACUUAUAUGAAGCUGAGCCAGACUCUAAAUGGUGUAUCAACGCUUUAGCACAUUAUACGCUCCUACUUUCCAAAGACCCAUCGACGAAGCAAGAAGAUCAACCGAAGUUGAAGGAGGAUGCUAGAAGUCUGUAUAAGAAAUUGGAAGAAGUUGAUGUAGAUAGGAAAGAGAGGUAUAGAGAUAUGGCUGAACAAUGUAAAUAG